AGGCAGGCAGGAGCCAGGACUCCAGCCAGCAAGCCAAGGCAGGCAAGGAGGGACCACGACUACAGACUGCCAGACAAGGCAGGCAGGCAUUGGCCAGGACUCCAGCCAGCCAGACAUGGCAGGCAGGCAGGAGCCAGGACUCCAGCCAUCCAGUCAAGGCAGGCAGGCAGGAGCCAGGACUCCAGCCAGCCAGCCAAGGCAGGCAGGUAGGAGCCAGGACUCCAGUCAGCAAGCCAAGGCAGGCAGGCAGGAGCCAAGACUCCAGAAAGCCAGCCAAGGCAGGCAGGCAGGGGCCCGGACUCCAGCCAGCCAGCCAAGGCAGGCAGGCAGGGGCCAGGACUCCAGCCAGCCAGCCAAGGCAGGCAGGCAGGGGCACGGACUCCAGCCAGCCAAGGCAGGCAGGCAGGGGCCAGGACUCCAGCCAGCCAGGCAAGGCAGGCAGGCAGGAGCCAGGACUCCAGUCAGCAAGCCAAGGCAGGCAGGCAGGAGCCAGGACUCCAGCCAGUUAGCCAAGGCAGCCAGGCAGGAGCCAGGACUCCCACUAGCAAGCCAAGGCAGGCAAGCAAGGUCCACGACUCCAGCCAGCCAGCCAAGGCAGGCAGGCAGGGGCCCGGACUCCAGCCAGCCAACCAAGGCAGGCAGGCAGAGGCCAGGACUCCAGUCAGCCAGCCAAGGCAGGCAGGCAGGAGCCAAGACUCCAGUCAGCAAGCCAAGGCAGGCAGGCAGGAGCCAGGACUCCAGCCAGCCAGCCAAGGCAGGCAGGCAGGAGCCAGGACUCCAGCCAGGUAGCCAAGGCAGGCAGGCAGGAGCCAGGACUCCAGCCAGCAAGCCAAGGCAGCCAGGCAGGAGCCAGGACUCCAGCCAGGUAGCCAAGGCAGCCAGGCAGGGCCAGGACUCCAGCCAGCAAGCCAAGGCAGGCAAGCAAGGACCACGACUACAGGCUGCCAGACAAGGCAGGCAGGCCGUGGCCAGGAAUCCUGCCAGCCGGACAUGGCAGGCAGGCAAGAGACAGGACUGCAGCCAUCCAGACAAGGCAGGCAGGCAGGAGCCAGGACUCCAGUCAGCAAGCCAAUGCAGGCAGGCAGGAGCCAGGACUCCAGCCAGGUAGCCAAGGCAGGCAGGCAGGAGCCAGGACUCCAGAAAGCCAGCCAAGGCAGGCAGGCAGGGGCCCGGACUCCAGCCAGCCAGCCAAGGCAGGCAGGCAGGGGCCCAGACUCCAGGCAGCCAGCCAAGGCAGGCAGGCAGGAGCCAGGACUCCAGUCAGCCAACCAAGGCAGGCAGGCAGGAGCCAAGACUCCAGCCAGCCAGCCAAGGCAGGCAAGGAGGGCCACGGUUCCAUCAAGCCAGCCAAGGCAGGCAGGCAGGGGCCACAACCACAGCCAGCCAGACAAAAGAGGCAGGCAUGGUCCGCAGUUCCAGCUAGCCCGCCAAGGCAGGCAGGCAGGAGCCAGGACUCCAGCCAUCCAGUCAAGGCAGGCAGGUAGGCAGGAGCCAGGACUCUAGCCACCCAG